CAGGACACAAGUACGAAGGAGUCAGAUUUGAAAAGGGAAACUGCGGAGUCAGCAUAAUGAGAAGCGGGGAGGCAAUGGAACAAGGUUUACGAGACUGCUGUAGAUCAAUCCGCAUAGGAAAAAUCCUGAUACAGAGCGACGAGGAGACUCAAAGAGCGAAAGUGUACUAUGCUAAGUUUCCACCAGACAUUUACAGGAGAAAAGUUCUUCUUAUGUACCCAAUACUAAGUACUGGUAAUACUGUCAUUGAGGCUGUCAAAGUUCUUGUAGAACAUGGCGUACAACCAAGUGUCAUUAUCCUGCUAAGCCUAUUCUCCACGCCUCACGGUGCCAAGUCCAUCAUCCAGGAAUUCCCAGAGAUCACAAUUUUAACUACAGAAGUUCAUCCUGUUGCACCAACACACUUCGGACAGAAGUAUUUUGGAACAGACUGACACACGGAACAAACGGAUAUGACUAUAUGAUGAGACAAGAGGGGUUUUCCUACGUUUUAUUAUUGUGGAGUUGGUUGAGGGCACGUUUAAAAAUCUUUUUGGCCAGAGGGGGAAAUACUUGACUUGGAUCAGUUCGGGUCAGUUACUGCCUGAACGCUGAAUCAGGUGCAGUAACGAAGCACUCUGUCAUUACAAAGUCAAGCAUCUCAAUGUUGGGGUUCUAUACAUUGCUACACUCUCUGCUUUAACUUA